AUGUCGUGUUCGUUAUUCUUCCUAUUUACUUUGUUACCCUUGGUUAUUGGGGAGAUCAGUUGGCCAUACGAAUCAUUCCAAACGGGGCACUGGCAACCUCCACAUUUGAACCUCACAAAGUCCGGUGAAGCGGGCUCGGAAUACAUUUUCAUAGGAGUUCGAAAGUACAUUGAGGCCGGCACCGCACCCACAAUUUUCGACAAGAAUGGUGUCAUGGUGUGGCAGGGUCCUCAUGGGGAGAAUCUUGACUUUAAGAUGCAAAAGCUUUUUGACCAGGAUGUGAUAACAUACUGGGAUGGACAGCCAGGUGCUAUGGUGUUGGGUUAUGGAACAACACAUAUCCUCGAUGACACAUAUAACGAAAUAUAUUCAGUAACCCUGUACGACAACUUCCAGACCGCUGACGGCAAACAAUUUGGCUCCUAUAUCGACGGCCACGAACAUUACAUUACGCCCCAUAAUACGAUGCUAGUCUCAGCUCUCAAUUUCACCCAGACUGACACAAGUAAUCUUGAUCGUGGUAAGCCUGCCAUGUGGGUUAUUGACUCGCUGUUCUAUGAAAUAGAUAUUGAAACAAAUAAUAUCUUAUUCAAAUGGAAUGCCAUGGAGCACAUUCCAAUUUCCAAGUCUAUGAUUCAAAUAAAAGGCGGAAAGACCCCAAGUGAGGCCUGGGAUGCGUAUCAUAUCAAUUCGGUGACUACUACGAAACAUGGAUAUCUGGUAAACUUUCGGCACCUCCACUCCGGUUUCUAUAUUAACAAGAAUGGCUCUAUCCGGUGGGAAAUUUCUGGUAGCAAUGAUGGCAGCGGUGAUUUCAUGAGUGAAAAUGUUAAAUUCGCUUGGCAACAUGACGUCCGCGUCCACAAUGAAACCGAUGAAAGCCUAGUACUCAGUCUCAUGAACAAUGAUGCCAUGGAAAAUCGGGACGAAGGCCCAUCAACUGGACAGGUUAUCUAUGUCGACCUUGUCAACAAGAAAGCAUGGAUGACCUGCGAAUUGAAAGAUCCGGCAGACAGAGUCGUCAGCGCAACUCAAGGCAGCUUCCAGUUUCUCCCAUAUCAAGGAGCAGAGCAUAUGUUAGUAGGCUACGGAUCGAUGCCCAAAUUCAAAGAAUUCGAUAGGUCAGGCAAUGUGGUUCUCAGAGGACAAUUUGGCAGCAAUCCAUACGAGGCUAAUGCCUACCGGAUCUUCAAAUUCCCGUGGAAAGCUACUCCGCACUGGGAUCCUAUCCUAGUCGUCAAUCAUACAACUGAGUACAUUGUCAACCUUUACAUGAGCUGGAACGGUGCCACAGAGUAUGACAACUGGGCUAUUUUCUCAGUUCCAUCGGAGACUUCGAAUUUGCUGGAAGGCAAACGUCUCCUGGUUCAUGAGCGAGCUGGCUUCGAGACCCAUUUGCCUCUCGAGACGCUUGAGGCCGAUUUUAUUAUCGCUGCUGCAAGAGAUGGUGAGAAGAUCAAAGGAAAGUCCGCUACUAUAAAGCUAGUGUCUUAA